CUGGCUCGACACGUGCUCGUUCGCUCCCGCAAACUCCUCACAAGGAUGGAUUAGGGUAUUUGUGACAAAAAAAUCUGCGGGUCUUCAAGCUUCAAUGACGGGUGGCAUUGUCCGGGAGGCAGCGCGUUGAAUGAUAUGGUUCCUUGUCCCGAACGACCGAUGACGACUCCACUCUUAUCCUCGUCACUUCGUUUAUCAUCUGAUCAGGACCCACCUAUAUUCUUGCGUAUCAGAGUUGCAGGGAUCGCUGACGCCUGUUACGUCUCGACGACCAUACCCGUUUCCGCGGGUGUGCACAUGCAGGAAGUACUUGAAGUCGUUUGCCGGAAACGCAAACUGACGAACCCAAAGGAAUAUGCGUUGAUUCUCAACGAUAUAAAUGCCCUUGUUUACCUCGACCGUACUGUCGCAUCAGGAUCGAUGCUCCCACGGUUGGGCAUCGAACCUGAGAAUCAUUGAGAAGCGAUGCCGGCCGUGGAUGUACAGCUUUGUCGUCGCAUCCGCGGUAUGCUACGUCACCUCUGUCGCGUUCCCUGCACGAGAGACGUACACGGAGAAUCUCAUCUCGGAGCACGAUCCAUUGUCUCCGAUGGGUGCGCCGUACGAUGCUGAUGCAGAAAAGACCCGUGACGUGGAGGUUUGGUUGAGACUAAAUAGGAUGUUCGUUAUAAGUAGGUCGAUCGACGUGUAAAAGAAACACGGAUUACAGCGCUCUUGUUCACG